AUGGAUCUGCAUCAUCUAAACUUGCAUGCUCGCAAUGAUGGGACGGACACUUUCCUCGAGCUCAUCGCAAAUCCAUUUCGCUCCGCAUUCACUGUCACAGCUAUCUGGGCCUCGCUUGGCACCUCCAUCGGCAUCACUAUCCUCCUCGCCCUUCUCUUCUCCCUCGUUCGACCCCGUCAUUCCCUCGUCUAUGCGCCCAAAGUCAAGCAUGCCGACCUCAAACACGCCCCGCCCCCGGUGGGCAAGGGUAUGUUCGCCUGGAUCAAACCAAUAAUCAAUACACGGGAAGCCCAGCUCGUCGACACAGUUGGCUUGGACGCUGCGAUCUUCCUCCGAUUCACGAAAAUGUGCCGCAACAUCUUCAUAUGUCUUAGCAUCAUUGGCUGCCUCGUCAUGAUUCCGGUCAAUAUCACCCAGAGUAGGGAACCGAGCGACUCCACCACGUCUUCGACUUUCAACAUGAUGACUCCACUCAACAUCAAAAACCCCACGGCGAUCUGGAGCCAGGUCGUAUGCGCAUGGGCGUUCGAUUUCAUCGUCGCUUUCUUUCUAUGGAGGAACUAUCGUGCUGUGCGGACCUUGCGGAGAAAAUACUUCCAAAGCUCCGAAUACCAGCGCAGCCUGCACGCCCGAACUUUGAUGAUUACGGAUAUCCCUCCAAACAGCCGUACCGAUGAAGGUAUCUUGCGCCUGACUGACAAAGUGAAUCCAACCGCCGCUCUACCAAGAGCUGCUAUCGGCCGUAACGUUAGGGAUUUACCCUCCAUCAUCAAAGAACACGAAGAGGUUGUGCGGGAACUGGAGUCCGUUCUAGCGAAGUAUCUCAAAAAUCCGGACCGAUUGCCCGCAAAAAGACCGACCAUCCGCCCCCCUCGUCGACAGCGAGCCAAACACCCCGGCGGUAAAGUGGACGCAAUCGAUUAUCUUACGGUUCGAAUUCGUGUCCUGGAAGAGGAAAUCAAGCACGGACGGGCAUCGAUCGACCGUCGCAAUGCAAUGCCCUACGGAUUCGCAAGUUGGGACAAUAUCGAGCACGCUCAUGCUGUGGCUUGGAACGCUCGCCGUAAGAGCCCUGAGGGUACUACGAUUACUCUUGCGCCGCGUCCGAGUGACCUCAUUUGGGAAAAUUUGCCUCUUACGAAAUCCGCCCGCAAGUGGAAGCGCUUGGUGAAUUUUAUCUGGGUGACAUGCUUGACACUUGUGUGGAUCGUGCCUAACGGUCUGAUUGCCAUCUUCCUGUCGAACUUGUCGAAUUUGGGACUAGUCUGGCCAAGCUUCCAGAGGUCGUUGGAAGCCAAUCCAAACGUCUGGGCUGCUGUCCAGGGUAUUGCAUCACCCGCACUGACUUCGCUCGUGUACUUGGCACUGCCAGUAAUUUUCCGUCGUCUUUCCAUCCAAGGUGGCAGCAAAACCAAAACAUCUCGAGAACGCCAUGUUCUGGGGCACUUGUAUGCCUUCUUCGUCUUCAACAAUCUGGUUGUCUUCUCACUCUUCUCGGUUGCUUGGUACUUCGUGACAUUUGUGAUCGAUAAGACCAAGAACCACGAAGAUGCUUGGCAGGCCAUUUUGGAAAGUCGGACGUAUGCCAAGUUGGUUAGCGCAUUGUGCACAAUGUCCCCGUUCUGGGUGACGUAUCUUUUGCAGCGCAAUCUCGGUGCCGCCAUCGACCUCGUGCAGCUUGUUACCAUGGUUUGGGUGUGGUUCGCGAAAACAUUCCUCUCGCCGACUCCGAGACAGGCCAUUGAGUGGACCGCGCCGCCACCAUUCGACUACGCCAGCUACUACAACUACUUCCUGUUCUAUGCCACCGUCGCCCUUUGCUUUGCGACUUUGCAGCCGAUCGUGCUGCCGGUAACAGCAUUAUACUUCGGUGUAGAUGCCAUGUUGAAGAAGUACCUGCUGAUGUACGUGUUUGUGACCAAGAAUGAGUCAGGCGGUUCAUUCUGGCGAGUUAUCUUCAAUCGCAUCAUCUUUGCCACUAUUCUUGCCAACGUGAUCAUCGCGCUCGUUGCCAAGUCGAGCGGGACAUGGACCAUGGUGUUUUGCGUGGUUCCCCUACCCUUCCUGAUGAUCGGGUUCAAGAUCUAUUGCAUGAAGGCGUUUGACUCUGACUGCGAGUUCUACAACCGUGCCAACUUGAACGAUGCCGAGGCAUUGGGCGUGAAUAAGACCGACAAGAAGGCAUCAGACCGUCUAAGCAGCAAGUUCGGACACCCCGCCCUCUACAAACCACUUUUGACCCCCAUGGUGCACGCCAAGGCAGCCAAUGCACUCAAGGAGAUUUACCAGGGCCGUUUGGAUCAGGGCGAUAUGGGCGGCGAGUACUCAGACAUCGCAAUGAACCCAAUGCUUGCGUCUGAUCCAGGCAAAUCGGCCGAUCCUUCGCCAUUCGAAGUCGUCCCGGAGAGCCACCUGGACUUUUCAUACUACAAAGACCGUGCAGACUUCCGUGACGAAUUCGGGGGCGGCAUCUACGGUCGACCCGAGGAUCUGAUGACAGAGCGGUCUCACACACCCCGCAGUACACUCAGAGGCGAGUGGUCACCAGGCUCAUCACGGGCCUCAUCGCCAGCACCCUCUCUGCCGUCCAUGCCACCACUGAAAAUGCAAGAUGGAUCCGAGUAUGUUGAUCCAACAGGAUUGGUGCACCCGGCCUUCCGCGUGCCGCUGUCGCGGGGCGACAGUGGCAACUCAGUAUUAGGCGCGUACUCAAACACAGACGAGGCCGAUGCACGACUCCUCAGCCACGCACAGGCCCCAGCACACACUGAUAUCGCGAAUCCGAUUGACCGCUGGCGGACCCGCGGGUAUGGACCCGUCGUCCAGGAAGAUGAGCCUACGUUCACUUCCUACGAAGCUUACCGUUCCCAGCGGUAA